AUGGCCAGGAUCGGCUUCUCCUGCCUGUGCCCGGCGUCGUGGCGCCCCGCGGUGCCCUGCGGCUGCCCGCGGCCGCGCCCGGCGGCCCUGGCCCUGGCCCUGGCCGUGGGGCUGCUGCUGCUGCUGGCGGCCGCCGCCCCUCGCCGCUGGGCCGCGCCGCCCCGCGCCGCCCGGCGGUACGAGAGGUACCUGGCGCGCGUGGAGGAGCUGAGGGCCACCGACACCCAGGACGCGGCGCUGAGCUACGGCAUCGUCGUCGACUGCGGCAGCAGCGGGUCCCGCGUCUUCGUCUACUUCUGGCCCCCGCACAACGGCAACCCCCAUGACCUGCUGGACAUCAAGCAGAUGAGGGACGAGAGCAGCCGUCCCGUCGUCAAGAAAAUUAAGCCAGGCAUCUCGGUGGUGGCAGCGACUCCCGAGCGAGCUACCCCCUACAUGCGCCCCCUGCUUCAGUUUGCUGCAGCCCACGUGCCGGCCAAGAAGCACAAGGAAACUCCGCUUUACAUCCUGUGCACGGCAGGCAUGAGGCUGCUGCCUGAGAGGCAGCAAGCUGCAAUCCUGGAAGACUUGGUGAGAAAUGUGCCUCUGGAGUUUGAUUUCCUCUUCUCCAAAUCACACGCAGAAGUGAUCUCAGGAAAGCAGGAAGGUGUCUAUGCUUGGAUUGGCAUCAACUUUGUCUUGGGGAGGUUUGAGCAUGAGGACGAGGAGGAUGCAGUGGUCACUGUGGCACUAGGGGACCAGGCGGAAUCCCUGGUGCGGAAACGAACAGUUGGGAUCCUGGACAUGGGAGGUGCUUCCCUGCAGAUUGCCUACGAGGUGCCCAAUUCUGGAGCCUUCUCCUCCCCGCAGCAGGAAGAGGCUGCCAAGAGCCUGCUGGCAGAGUUCAAUUUGGGCUGUGAUGUGCAGCACACUGGUCACAUGUACCGUGUCUAUGUCAACACCUUCCUUGGCUUUGGGGGCAAUUUUGCUCGGCAGCGCUAUGAGGAACUCGUCUUGAACCAGACCUAUGCACGCAACCGCCUGCUUGGCCAGCAGACGGGCCUGAGCCCUAAGACACCCUUCCUGGACCCCUGUCUGCCUGUGGGGCUGGAAGACACGGUGGUGAGAGGUGGCCAAACCCUGUACGUUCGUGGACGAGGAGACUGGCAGACUUGUGCGGACCUGUUGCACCCCCUCCUGAUGGAGCCCAACAGCAGCCAGGCCUCCUUGGUGGGGGCCUACAAAGCACCCAUUGACUUCAGCAACAGCGAGUUUUAUGGCUUCUCUGAGUUCUUCUAUUGCACCGAGGACGUGCUGCGCCUGGGGGGCCGCUAUGAUGCCCCCUCCUUCACCUCUGCUGCCCAGGAAUACUGCAGCCAGAGCUGGGCGGUGCUGACACAGCGCUUCAACAACGGCCUCUACUCGUCGCAUGCGGAUCAGCACCGGGUCAAGUAUCAGUGCUUCAAAUCAGCCUGGAUGUACCAGGUCCUUCACCAGGGCUUCCGCUUCCCCCUGGAUUACCCCAGCCUGCACACAGCCCAGCUGGUGUACGACCGGGAGGUGCAGUGGACGCUAGGAGCCAUCCUCUACAAAACACGUUUUCUGCCACUCAGGGAUCUCCGGCCAGAGAGCAUCCGGCAAGCACAUACCUCCUGGCUGCGCCUCUCUUUUGUCUACAACCACUAUCUCUUCUUUGCCUGCAUGCUGGUUGUAGUGCUGGCCAUAGUCCUCUACCUCCUGCGGUUGCGCCGUAUCCACCGCCGGCAGCUGCGGUCUGCCCAGCUCAACAUGCUCUGGCUGGACAAGGUGGUGCUGCUGCCACCGGGACAGGGAGAUGGGCCAUGACACCAGCAGUACCAGCUAUCCAGUUGCACCAGCAGAAUCAGUCCCAGGACUGGAUGACAGUGCCCUGGACUCUAUGGGCUUGGACUCUUUCUUGAAGACUGCCUCAAUGCUGCACUCUUAUCAUCUCCGUGCCAGAACCACAACCCAUGGGCCAAGGUAGCUACAAGCACCAGAGCAUUCUUCUCUGCCACUUCCCAGCCCUAAUCUUGGCAUUCCCUGGCCUCUGGCCUUCUCCUUGCUAUAAGGCAUAGAGCAAAGUGCUGCCAGCAGGCUCAAGGCUGCAGGCCUUGCUGAGUCCCUCAGAUAAGCAGGACUCAAAAUCAUUGAGGCAGCCAACCUGGAGCUAUGGCCUGAGGCACUGGGGCCAUCUCAUAAGUAAGUCAGCCGCUGUUUUAUUGAGUGGCCUGACAUGGUGCUAUAGUUCCUCAUCACCUAGUGAGCUACAGAAAGGCCACACCUAUGAAUACAAGGGCUCAAAAACAGGAAGCUAGCAAGCUUACCGCAAAAACCACGUGAGCCGCGUGGCCACAUGUGGCCAAGAGCUCCAUGGAGCUGCUUGGACUGGCUUGCUUGCUCUCAAAGCAUUCCUUAGCAGGGGAAGAGGUGUCCAGCUGUUGGCUGUAUCCUCCCACUCUCCUUGCUCCAGCCUCCCACAGUCCUAGCUGAGACAUCAGGCUCAGCUCUGAGGGCUCAGGGGCUGUUUCCUAACUGCAGCACCACCAAAGGUGGUUGUUUUUCCUUUCAUUCCCUUUUAAGCAUGUGUUUGCCCUGUCGUGUCCCACAGGCUAAUCAGGCACUAGUGCAAAAAGGACCAGUGGUUCUUUCCCCCUUGUGAGUGCAGGCUGGGCCUGCCUAUGGGGAAGCCACCACACUGCCUCCAGGCAGUUCUGGGUAGUAGCAGCUGGCUGCUGCCUCCCUCUGUGCACAGGCACAGGGAGCCUUCCUCCCCUGGGGCUGGAGCCCUGAUGACCUAAUGAAGUUCUUCAGUUUAUACUUGAACUCAACUGUUCCUAUUCCCAUAGCAAUAAAAUAAUUAUGAGCCAUCCA